CUCCGGCGCACGGACGUUUCCGAGACCUCCCAAAGCGCAUGCGCGCGCCUUUCCCCCUCAAGCAACAUGGCGCCAACGGCUUCACCGUGUCCCCGCUCUGAGCGGGCUGCCAGAAGUUGCGCCGCGCUAAGGAGCCAGCUGGGACUUCCCACCCUUCCCAGUGCUUCUGCUCACACCCUCUUCUCUUCAGCACCCUGGACAGAGCAACAUGUCUGAAUCUCCCGCCACUUUCCUGGCAACCACCAUUCCUCACAGGAUGCCCUCUUGUCCGAAAGACUCUAGCCUUCUGAGAAUGGCAUUCUUGCUGCCUUGUUGAGUGAAAGAAAGCACCGGCUCCUCUCUCUCUCCCCCCCUUUCUUAAUGGCGGAGAGGAGCACCUGCCGAACUCUGAACUCCUCCAUCCGUAGCGAGGACCUGUUGAGCGACAUGGAGCUCCUGCCCGCCUCCGUGCCCGCCACUCCCUCCCAGCAGGUGCCCCGGGCCCAGUCGGCCAGCCCCUUUGCUUCCAGAGUGACUACACAGCUGUACACCUCGCUACACCAGAGCUGGCAGGCUGAGGCUCAGGCACGAUCCCACCUGGAGGCUCAGCACAGCUUGCUCCAGGCCAGGGAAACUGAGGCUCCUGAAGUAGACCUUGACACCUUGGCCGAGGAGCUGAGCCACAGGCUGUCGACCAGCGUAGAGGCCAGCGCUCACAAGAAGGGCAGUGCUAUCGAGUCCCGCCACAUCUCGGAGAUGGAGAACGUCCGCUGCCAUUUACAGAGCAUGCUCCGUAGCUCCAGAGAGGCUGCGCAUGGGGACGGCCUGGCUGCGCAAAUCUUCGAGCGGAAAGACGACGACUCGUUUGAGAGCGACAGCACGGCUGCCCUCCUCAACGCCCGCCCCCUCCAAGAAAUCUCCCCGCCUGGAUCUGCGGCGGGAUUUGAGGAGCUGUUUCCUCGCUACACGAGCCUUCGCCUGGGCCCGGCCCGCGAGCCUUCAGCCUACACCGAUGUCCACCUUCUGAAGGACACUUUGGACAAGGAGCAGGCCCGGCGGAAGCACUGUGAGCGACACAUCCAGGCCCUGCAGAACCGCCUCCUGGAGCUACAGCAGCAGCUCGCGGUCGCCGUCUCAGCCGACAAGAAGAAGGACGGCAUGAUCGAGCAGCUGGACAAAACCCUGGCCAAGGUGGUGGAGGGCUGGAACCGGCACGAGGCUGAGCGGACGGAGACCCUCCGCAGGCUGCAAGCGGAGAAGGAGGCUGCGGUUCAAAUGCUGGGGAGGCACAAAGAGAAAAUGCAGGAGGCCGAAGGGCGCCUCGAGGAAGCCACGUCCGCCCUCAGCCGGGAGCAGCAAGCGGUCAGCCUGUACUGCAAGGAAAAGGAGAGGCUGGAGGAGGAGAAGGCCACUCUGUCUCGCAGCUUGGAGGCCGAGGGUCAGCGGGCGCGCAGCCUGGAGGCAGACUGGGACUUGGAACGUCGGCAGCACGAGGCCCUGCGGGCCACGCUGGAGGAGCAGCAGCGGAGCUGGGCGCAACGGGAGAGGCAGGUGGAGCAGCAGGUCCAGGCCCUGCAGGAGGAGAGCCGCGCCCAGCUGGACAAGGAGAAGGCAGCCGUCCAGCGAGAGGCGCAGAAGGCGGUCGAUGCGCAGCGCGUUCUGGCCUCCGUGCAGGCGGAAGUGCAGGGCCUGGAGAGCGAACUGGAAGCCUUGCGCCAAGAGCGGGACAGCCUGAAAAUGGAGAUGAGUUUGGUCAAGGCACGUUACGAGGCCCAGAAGGUGAAACUGGAGUCGGAGCUGAAGGUGGUUUUGGAGCAGCAGGUGACGGAGCGGCUGGCGGAGGUUCACGAGGAGAGCUUGCACCAGAUGACCGCCAUGAGGGAACAGCACAGAAAGCAGCUGCUUGAUUUGGGCAGCCGCCACGAGAAAGAGCUGGCCGGCCAGCUGGUCCAGUUCAAAACCGACCUGGCAGAGCGGGAUGAGCGGCACCGGCAACUCAUCGACGACUACGAGGACAGGUUAUCUAGGCAGCACGAAGAGAUGCGGGAACUGCAGGUCAAGUGUCGGCGGCUGGAAGCCCAGCUGGGAGGUGUGGUGGCAGGCCAGUUCCAGGCCGCGAUGCAGGCGACUGGAACGAGGCCGUGCGUAAGGAUCCCACAGCAGGGUGUUCCCUCAGACGCAGGCCCUGCCUCAGAACUGGAGUGCCUUCAGCUCUCGGAAUCUCUUCAGAAGGACCAAAAGAGGGAAUCUCUUCGGCGCCUUCAGGGCACGGGGGACCACAAGAGGGCCGGGUGCCCCCCAGCCGUGCCCCUGCAGCCCGUCGCUCAGCACAACGCCUUGCAGGGGUCCUCAGAAGGCCCCGAGAAGUCCGUGGCUUCAGCACGUUACCAGUCCUUUCUGCCCCUGCUCCCCGACAUGGAGCGCCUGUCGUCAGAGUUCAGCCACAUCCUCAACUGCAGCGUUCUCAGCCGGCAGGACUUCCAGCAGCUUGAACCACAGAUGGACCAGACAGGAGCCACGACAGGCCAAACCCUCCACCCUGAGAACUUGGCAGAACACCCGUUCACCGACGACACGGACGACACCGUCACGGAGGUGGCGGGUAACGAGGGCGAGACCUCCCAGCGGAGCAGCUUGGGAGGCCCUGAGGCUGGUUCGCUUCCAGUCCUGCUGGAGCAGAAUGCCAGCGAAAACAGUGCUCAGAAGCAGGAGGGACUUUCUGGCGAAAACCCACCACACCACGUAGGACAGACGCAGCUGGGAUCGUCUCAGUCCUACCACGAGCCGUCCACGGCCCUCUGGGAUCCCGGGCGUGCCUCCGUCAGCGCCAUUCGAAUCCAGCCCGCCAGCAGCGCUGCUGUCCACAAAACCAAAGUUCCUUUGUCCAAGGCUGGGGUAACCUGUACUGGCUUGGAAGUCUCCGAAGCUCAGAAGCGGAACCCCGCACAUGAAGUGGGAAUCCUGUCCCACAAACAAGUGGCUGAGGUUUCGCGCCUGUUUAAACAGUACCAGGCCAAGGGGAAGCCAAUGCCUUCUACUGAAGAGCUGUAUGGAUAUUUACGUAGUUCAGAAAUGAAAGGUGAUGGAAACGUGCACACCCGGCGGAGCUUUGAUGCCCGGUUGACCGAAGCUGUGAGGAAAGAGAUGGCACCCACACGGCGGACGGGCCUUAGCCGGGAGAGACCACACGCAGCCUCCAAAACCGGGAAGAAACUAUCUGGUGUGCCAAACUCCAACGUUCGCAACAGCAAAGGAGGGAGCGUGUGGAGAUGAUCUUCCUGUUGUUCCUCCUGACGCCCGGUUCUCUCAUUUUUAAGUGCCUGAUCGAAUUGGAUGUCCAAGAGCAAACACCGUCUCCACUCAAUAGUGUAAAAUACGACUCAACUACCGUCAUUCAAUUCGGCGAAGAUUUCUGGGCAAUAAGGCGGGAUUUCCCGGGCUUUGAAACAGUUUGAUUUGAAGUGUGUGUGUGUUUUUUGAGGGAGGUGUUUUUCAAAAGAAGAGCAGAAGGGUGUUACCCCUCUUUUGCUGCGCCCCCCCCCCCCCCCCGCCCGCACAUGCUGGACAUUUUGAAUGCUUUAUUAUAGGGGUGCUAUCUUGAGACACCCCCCGGGUUUGUUGGCUUUUUGUACAGUUAAUUAUUUUUUGCAUCGUUAUCAUUGCUUUCUAAAUAAAAUUAACGUUGAGCGAUUGUUUUUCAA